UAUAUGGAUGGUGGGGUCACAGUAUGCUCACCCCCUCAGCUACCACUACACCACAGGCUGCAGAGAGUAGCAGUACCGGUGGAGAAGAAGGGUCCAUGUCUGCCAUCUCCACCUCCUCUGACAACUCCUCUUUCCAAGUUGCCCCGGUUCUCUGCCUGGGCGUGGUGGCAGCAGUAGUGUUGCAGCUGGCCUGGGGAGGCCUGACCCUCACCUCUUUUUUCUUGAAGCUGUUUAUUUAUGCGUCGUUCGCCCUACUGUGUUUCCUGGCUGGGAGCUUUAUUCUACUAGUCAGGAAGAGUCCUCUCAAAGUCAGCUCCUUUGACAGACAUGGACUGCUAUCAGCUGCACAGCUGGAGUUCUUCAACAAGCUCAUGGCUCGCUUUUCGGUGCCAGUUCAGGAGUCAAGUCAGAGCAGGAGGGUGGUAGUGUCACAUAAUAUGGACAAAGCUCUGAAGGAAGUGUUUGACUAUGCCUAUGGAGACUACAUCUUCUCCUGGUACAAGCCUUUGAGUCACGAUGAGGGCCAGUUGUACUCCAUACUGUCAGAGGACUGGUGGCAGAUGAUUGGGCAGUUGAGAUCAAGGCUAACUGAUAUAGACCUAGUCAAUGUAGUAUGUUAUGACAGCAUCCGGAUUCUACAUACACAUUUCACAGACCUCAAAGCUGCAUCUGCAAGACCGGAGGAGUGUGCUCGGCCGUUUCCCCUCCAUCCAUGUUUGGUCAGUGCAGACUCAGAGCUGGCCUACCUCCGCUGUGUAGCUAGAAUAUUGCUGCUAUGUCUGCUGCCACAAAAGGAUGCCAAGUCACAUACACUACGCUGCUGCCUCACAGAAGUCAUUACUACUAAAGUGUUGAAGCCUUUAGUAGAUGUGCUUAGCGAUCCAGACUCCAUAAACAGGAUGCUGCUGUCUCAGCUGGAGCAGAGGGAGCAGCAAGCUGAGCAGCAGAACAAAGCCUACACCUACGCUGCCUCCUAUGAAGACUUUAUCAAACUGAUAUCAUCUUCUGCUGAUGUCAAUUUCCUCAAACAACUCAGGUAUCAGAUAGUGGUAGAGAUCAUUCAUGCCACCACCAUCAGCAGCCUGCCUCAGCUCAAGAAGCAGAAAGAGCGAAAAGGUAAAGAGUCAGCCGCCAUGAAGGCAGACCUGCUGAGGGCCAGAGAUAUGAAGCGAUACAUCAAUCAGCUAACUGUUGCUAAGAAACAGUGUGAGAAACGGAUCCGCCUACUUGGUGGACCAAAUUAUGAAAACAGUGAGGAAGGAGGGGCUGAUGACAACGAUGAGCCUCAGAGUCAGAAGAUUCUUCAGUUUGAUGACAUCAUGUGUAAUCCAGGUUACAGGGAGCAUUUCAGAGUUUACAUGGAGAGAAUCGAUAAGAGAGUUCUGAUUAGCUUCUGGGAACUGGUGGAAACAUUGAAAACUGCCAACAAGAGUGAAGUGCCCCAGAUAGUUGGAGAAAUCUACCAGAAGUUCUUUGUGGAGAGCAGAGAGAUUCCAGUAGACAAGUUUCUUCUCAAGGAGAUUCAACAGAGUCUGGUGGGGAACAGGGGAACACAAGUCUUUGUUAGACUACAGGAACAGGUGGCUGAAACCAUGAGAGAACGCUACUACCCCUCCUUCUUGGUUUCUGACCUCUAUGACAGGCUGAUCAGGCGAGAUGAGCAGCACAGCCAAUCACAGUGUAGCACUGAGGAGAAGGAGGAGGAAGUGUGCCAGGGUCUAGAUGCAGGAGAGGAGGUGAGUGAUGAAGGCAGUAAAGGAAUCAAUGAGCAGGCCAGCUAUGCUGCUACUAAACUCUGCCAACUCUACGACAAACUGGAGUACAAGCGACAGGCCCUGGGCUCUAUCCAGAAUGCACCAAAACCAGACAAAAAGAUAGUGAGCCAACUAAAGGAAGAGAUUGGAGUCAUGGAGAGAGAACACAGUGAACUCCAGCAACAUAUCAUCAGGACUGACUUGUGGUGUGAAAACCUGGGGCACUGGAGAGCUGCCAUCAUUACUGCUGAGGCUACAGAGGAAGGUGGCGAAACUGUCGCUUGCUACAGUGUGUGUGUCAGCUUGCUGGAAAGAGAGGAGACAGCCAACAGUCGCUGGAGUGUCCAGAGAAAACUCACUGAAUUCCAGAUGUUGCACCGCAAACUCACUGAGUGUUUUUCAUCAUUGAAGAAACUCCAGUUGCCCUCCCUCAGUAAACUUCCCUUCAAAUCUAUUGACCAGAAGUUUUUAGACAAGAGCAAAACUCAGCUCAAUGCCUUUCUCCAGCGUUUGCUGACAGAUGAGCGAUUGUGCCAGUCAGAAGCUCUCUAUGCCUUCCUCAGCCCAUCACCAGAGCACCUCAAGGUGAUGUCAAUCCAGAAGAAAUCAUCUUUCUCUCUGGCCUCCUUCCUGGAGAGGCUACCUGGAGAUUUCUUUUCCCACACUGAGGAGGACGCUGACGAUGACAGUGACUUGUCUGACUAUGGCGACGAGGUAGAUGGGAGGAAAGACGCACUGGCUGAACCCUGCUUCAGGCUCAUAGGAGAGAUCUUUGAACUCAGAGGAAUGUUUAAGUGGGUGAGGAAGACUCUAAUUGCACUAGUCCAGGUGACAUUUGGACGAACUAUCAACAAACAGAUCCGGGACACCGUCAACUGGAUUUUCUGUGAACAGAUGUUGGUGUGUUACAUCAGUGUGUUCAGGGACACCUUCUGGCCCAAUGGCAAGCUGGCACAACAUGUCAAGGUCCAAACCGACUCAGAGCGCAGUGAAACUAAGGAACGGGCUCAACAGAAACUACUUGACAACAUCCCAGAUGCAUUAGCAAAUCUAGUUGGCCAGCAGAAUGCCCGCUAUGGAAUAAUUAAGAUCUUCAAUGCCCUGCAGGAGGCUAGUGCCAACAAACAUCUUCUCUAUGUGAUGAUGGAAAUGCUACUCAAGGAACUGUGUCCUGAACUCAGCAUGGAGAUGGACAUUAUCUGACCUCACAUGCGCGUGUGCACACACACACACGAAACUAAGGCUCUGCUGGUUCAUCUUCCAGGCCUUUCUGUAGCUGACCAGUUGUAAACUGCCAAACUAGAUGGAGAUUCUGGCCUUUUUGUUCAAGCUCAGAGAGAAGGCAGCUGUGUUGGUCAGAGCUGAGACAUGUGCUGAUUCUGUUGGUAGAACUUUGCUGUGAAACUGAUGAAAAUUUGGGCCGACACCAGACUGAAAGGGGCAGAUGUCAGACUUUGUUGUGGUACAGAUAUAAACUUACCUGUCUGGACGAAGAGAAACCACAUGCAGUCUGAUCACAUCUGUACCACUAAGUCCACAUUCACACAAGACCAAACUGUUGUUUUUGAAACUAAGUGAUCCUCAUUUGCAGUUGUUUUCUUAGCACUGAAAAAUCAGAUCUGUACCACAACAAACUGAAGUGAAAUCCUUUGUUCCUGUGUAAAUCAUUAGGGUCUAUAGAUUACAAGACAGGGUAACAGUAUACGGAAGUAAACAACUUGAUGUUUGGUCAUCAGUUUCAAGAGCUGAUAAUCUACAUACUUUGAUUAAAUGUAGCAGAGACAGCUGAAGUUCAGAUUUUCUGUUGCCCUUUAAAGGCAGCCAGGGUGUGUCCAAGCCCAUGGACCUCUGAACAUUCCACCUAUACACAACCUGAGCACAGCACUUGUGUUUUGUGAUUCAUGUUAAGGCUUAUAAUUGUGCAAUAUAAUGUCAUGUAAAAGUCAUUGUGAUGAUUUUAUUUAUGAUUAUUGAUUGAUUUUAUUUUUACCAAAAAUAGUUUAGAAAGCCUUUAUAUAAGCAAUAAAUUGCAAACAAAAUGUUGAUGUGGCAUUUUUUUUUAAAUGGUCUUUGUACCUGCAAAAUGGGGGUGGGGGUUAAAUUUUUUUAUAAAAAUAAAUUCCUCAGCAUUAUUAUUUUCUGUGUGUAGGAAUAUCAGUAGUCAGCAUUACAACCCCAAAUCAGA